UAACAUUUAUCGUCUUCAAAAUUAAGCCAAACAACCCCAAAACCCUUCUUUUGAAUCCUCCACGAACCAACGUCUAGGGUUUUUGAACACCGGAGAGCAGGUGGUUUGUAGCUUCAGCCGCCCUGUGAUUGCCAACUAUUGCCGUGUUUAUUAGACCAUCAUUAUCGAUCGAAGGGGCGGAAAUGAGCUCAAGUAUUCACAGGACACCGAAAUCAACCGGUAGGCAAUCCUUGUUCUUCAAUGAUUUAGCCACUCCUGUCACUAACCGUCGCAGUGGAUCCGGUAAAUUCACAACCCCUGGCCAAGCCGCCGCCGUAUCGGCUCUAUGGCGUGAAAAUUUCGCCACCUCAGAUCUACCACCACCACCCGCCUUCACGCUCGAAGAUCGAUCCGAUUUCUCUCCGGAAUCUGGGAUCCAAGAAUAUCCCGUUGGCUCUCCCGAACGUAAUUCGAACCCUAGGACUCCCGCUCGAACGCCGUCUAAGUUAUUUUCCACAAGCCCCAACAAGUCUUCCCCACCUAAUUCAAACCCUAGCACGUCGCCCUAUUCAUUGUUCGGGAAUCAGCAGUCACACACCUUUCAGAAUCAGAAUCAUAAUCAGAGCCCCUCAGGGACUUCGAGUUGGUGGUCCGCAGGUGGGGGUGAUGAUAAGGGAAAGGGCUCGGGUUCACCUUCAGGUUCUCCGGUUGAUGGUGUUGUUCAUCGUCAGCCAGGCGCUUUGGUGAUUCUGCCGCCGCCUAGGGAGGUUGCUAGACCGGAACUUCAGAGGAAUUCUUUGCCUGUGGGUACGAUUGAUGAGGAAGAAUGGGUUACUGUUUAUGGGUUUUCUCCAGCAGACACAAAUUUAGUGCUUCGGGAGUUUGAAAAAUGUGGCGUAAUUCUCAAGCAUGUUCUAGGUCCAAGAGAUUCUAAUUGGAUGCACAUUCUUUAUCAGAGUCGAUUUGAUGCUCAAAAGGCUCUGAGCAAGAACGGAAUGCAACUAAAUGGAGCUUUAAUCAUCGGAGUGAAACCAGUGGAUCCAAUGCAACGUCAAGCUCUUACUGAUAGAAUAAACAAUCAUGGCGGAUUCAUGCCAUUACCACCACCAACAACCGCCAGAACAUCAGAGACCUCCGCCUUCAAAUCUUCUACUCGUUCUUCCUAUCUUCAAAAUGGUAAUGCUAACACCUCUCAGUCUGGUGGAACCAUGGCCUCCCCUUCAAAGUCACUCGUCUACAAAGUUAUGGAUUUGAUGUUUGGGUUGUAGUCAUGGAAAUGGUAAAUCAUGGAUUUUUUUUUUUAAUUUUAAAAUUUCAUAUUGUAAUGUAAGGUUGAAUGAGAGCCUAAUGUUGGGAUUUUGUUUGUUUUUAUGUUUUUCGUGGUAAUUAAAGAUUCAAAAUUGAUUGAUGGUUUA